CCGGAGCACUUUUCCAUCAAACCUCCCUUUUCAGGAUUCGCCGAGGGGCGAACUUCUCCAAAGUGUUGCCGCUCCGGGAUCGCAGUUAGACUUGACACGGACGUCCUCCCGCACACAGACUCUCUGCUGCUGCUGCAAAGACCCACCACGACCAGCCACGACCAAAAGCGCACACCACUCCUCUCUUGCAGACGGCAGAUUCACGACCCCGCGGGACGAAUGAAGACUGGAGGAUCUAUACGGAUUGCGGCGCAUAAUGUUGGGAUGGAGUUUGGAGACGUGCGCGGCUCCGCGGAGGAACAGUGAAGAGCUGCUGCUGCAGGACGAGCUGCGCGUCUAUGUUGGAUUAUUAUUACUGACGCUUCUUUUUUCUUCUGAACUCGCACCGCUCCCUCGCCGCAUCGCCCCGCUCAGUCCCUCACCCGGACCAUGGCCUCGGAUCUCGGGGACAUCCCGGGGGUCCCGGGGGCCGGUAUCUAUGGAGGUUUACCCCCGAGCUAUGCGCGCUCCUCCGCGCCGCCAGCAGCCCACCCAGAGCCGCUCCGGAGACCCGGCUACUGCCACGCUGCUCUGGCUCUCAAACACAUCUCCAAGGGAAAGGCGGUAGGUCAGAAAGCUCCUCUGUGGAUCCGGGCGAGGUUCCAGGCCUUCCUGUUCUCCCUCGGCUGCCACAUCCAGAGGCACUGCGGGAAGGUCCUCUUUAUUGGACUCUUAGUAUUCGGGGCUCUGUCUGUGGGACUCCGAGUCGCAUCCAUCGAAACGAACAUCGAGCAGCUAUGGGUGGAAGCUGGCAGUCGGGUGAGCACAGAGCUUCGCUACACCAAGGAGAAGCAGGGAGAGGAGUCGGUGUUUACCUCACAGAUGCUCAUCCAGACGCCCAAAGAAGAGGGCACUGACAUUCUUACCCAAGAGGCUUUGCUGGUCCACAUGGAAGCUGCCCUGUCGGCCAGCAAGGUGCAGGUGUCACUGUUUGGAAAAUCGUGGGAUCUUAAUAAAAUAUGCUAUAAAUCAGGAGUGCCUAUAAUAGAAAAUGUCAUGAUUGAAAGGAUGAUUGACAAGCUGUUCCCCUGUAUGAUAAUCACCCCAUUGGACUGUUUCUGGGAAGGGGCCAAACUGCAGGGAGGCUCUGCCUAUUUACCGGGUAUGCCCGAUAUCCAGUGGAUGAAUUUAGAUCCUGUCAAGCUGAUGGAGGAACUGAGUCAGUUCACUUCCCUGGAAGGGUUUAAAGAGAUGUUGGACAAAGCCCAGGUGGGACAUGCCUACAUGAACAGGCCGUGCCUCAACCCUGCAGACCCCGACUGCCCUCUCAGCGCUCCCAACAAGGAACAGGAAGAGAGUCCUGAUAUCGCUGGGCGUCUCCAAGGGGGUUGCUUUGGUUUCAGCCAGAAGUUCAUGCACUGGCAGGAGGAGCUGAUCCUGGGAGGCCAGGCCAAAAACAGCCAGGGUGCUCUGCUGAGUGCGGAGGCCCUGCAGACCAUGUUCUUGCUGAUGAGCCCCAAACAGUUGUACGAGCACUUUAAAGACGACUACGAGAUCCACGACAUCAACUGGAAUGAAGAAAAGGCCACCGCCAUCCUCGAGUCCUGGCAGAGGAAGUUUGUGGAGGUGGUACACGAGAGCGUCCCAGUGAACUCUACUCAGGCCAUCCACGCUUUCUCAACCACCACCCUCAAUGAUAUCAUGAAAUCCUUCUCUGACGUCAGUGUCAUCAGGGUGGCUGGAGGAUACUUGCUCAUGCUAGCCUAUGCCUGUGUGACGAUGCUACGGUGGGAUUGUGCAAAGUCCCAGGGGGCCGUCGGCCUGGCCGGGGUGUUGUUGGUGGCACUGUCGGUGGCAGCAGGACUGGGUCUCUGCUCGCUGCUCGGCCUCUCCUUCAAUGCUGCAACUACACAGGUGCUCCCCUUCCUGGCGCUCGGGAUUGGUGUAGAUGACAUGUUUCUGUUGGCUCACUCCUUCACAGAAGCAGGAAGUAACAUUCCCUUUAAGGAGCGGACAGGAGACUGUCUGCGGCGCACCGGCACCAGCGUUGCUCUGACCUCCAUCAACAACAUGAUUGCGUUCUUCAUGGCCGCCCUUGUGCCGAUCCCUGCCUUGCGAGCGUUCUCGUUGCAGGCUGCCAUCAUAGUGGUGUUUAACUUUGCCAUGGUGCUGCUCAUCUUCCCCGCCAUCCUCAGUCUGGAUCUCCACCGGCGUGAGGACAAGCGCCUGGACGUGCUCUGCUGUCUGUACAGCCCCUGCGCCGACCGCGUCAUCCACCUCUCGCCGCAGGAGCUCUCGGACGCCGGGCAGCAGCCCCACACGGCCACGACGGGGACGGCUCACACACACCAGUACGCGGCAGGAUCCACCAUCACCACCAGCACCCAGAUCACCACGACCGUGCAGGCGUUCACGCAGUGUGACGCAGCCGGUCAGCAUAUCGUUACGAUCCUUCCACCCACAUCUCAGAUCUCCACCAGCCCUCCCUCCAUCAUCGUCUGCCCCACCUCGCAGGCUCAAGCCACCUCCCCCUCCCCGACCACGGCCUCUGUGCCGGACCCGUACGGCUCCCAGCUCUUCACCCCGACCUCCAGCUCCACGCGAGACCUCUUAGCUCAGGUGGAAGACUCCAAAUCAGGGAAGAAGUGUGUCCCGCUACCGUUCCUCCACUGGAACCUCUCCAGCUUUGCCAGAGAAAAAUACGCCCCCCUGCUCCUCCAGCCGAAGAGUAAAGCCAUUGUGGUCGUCCUCUUCCUGGGCCUCCUGGGCCUCAGCCUGUACGGGACCACCAUGGUGCACGACGGCCUUUACCUGACCGACAUUGUGCCACGCGACACCAAGGAAUAUGAUUUCAUCGAAGCCCAGUUCAAGUACUUCUCCUUCUACAACAUGUACCUGGUCACCAUGGACGGAUUUGACUAUGCCCGGUCUCAGAGGCUGCUGAUUCAGCUGCACAACUCCUUCAACUCUGUCAAAUACGUGGUCAGAGACAGCGACAACAAACUACCCCGCAUGUGGCUGCACUACUUCCAGGACUGGCUCAAAGGUCUUCAGGCUGCUUUUGAUGCCGAUUGGCAGGCGGGCAGGAUUACCGCUGACAGCUAUAGGAACGGCACGGAAGAUGGAGCUCUGGCUUACAAGCUCCUCAUCCAGACCGGUUCCAAGAAAGAGCCUUUCAACUACAGCCAGCUGACCUCUCGACAGCUGGUGGAUGCGGAGGGUUUGAUCCCCCCUGAGGUCUUUUAUAUUUACCUGACGGUCUGGGUCAGUAAUGAUCCUUUGGGCUACGCUGCGUCCCAGGCCAACUUCUACCCCCACCCCAGAGAGUGGAUUCACGACAAGUAUGACACUACUGGGGAAAAUCUGCGCAUCCCGGCAGCAGAGCCACUGGAGUUUGCCCAGUUCCCUUUCUACCUGAAUGGCCUCCGCCAGGCCAGUGACUUUGUGGAAGCCAUUGAGAGCGUGCGGGCCAUUUGUGACGAGUUUAACCGAAAAGGUGUCUUAAACUACCCCAACGGAUACCCGUUCUUGUUCUGGGAGCAGUACAUCGGCCUCAGACACUGGUUCCUGCUGGCGAUCAGUGUGGUGCUGGCUUGCACCUUCCUGGUUUGUGCCAUUCUCCUGCUCAACCCCUGGACCGCUGGCAUCAUCGUGUUUAUCUUGGCCAUGAUGACUGUGGAGUUGUUCGGCAUCAUGGGUCUGAUUGGCAUCAAGCUCAGUGCCAUUCCUGUGGUCAUACUGAUUGCCUCAGUGGGCAUCGGAGUGGAGUUUACUGUUCACAUCGCUUUGGGUUUCCUGACAGCGAUUGGCAACAGGCACAAACGCUCUGCAGUUGCAUUGGAGCACAUGUUUGCCCCGGUGGUUGAUGGCGCCAUUUCCACGUUGCUGGGUGUUCUCAUGCUGGCAGGAUCGGAGUUUGACUUCAUCAUGAGGUAUUUCUUUGCCGUGCUAGCAAUCCUGACCGUUUUGGGGAUGCUGAACGGCUUGGUUCUUCUCCCGGUGCUCCUGUCCAUGAUGGGCCCCCCAGCUGAGAUCAGCCAAGUCGACAACGCCAGCUGUCUGCCGACCCCCUCCCCCGAGCCCCCUCUGCCGCCGCCCAUGGCCCACCACGGGUACUACGCGGGCCACCACAACCCGCGCUCAUCUCGCCAACAAGCCUUUUCCGAGUCAUCUGACUCCGAGUAUUACUCUGAGUUGACCACCACGUCAGGGAUCGGCGAGGAGGAUUAUAAGCACUGUGACCGGAGCGCAUACCUGGCGUCACAUACCGGCAUUCCACCUGCAACAUCUCAUAUACUGCUGGAGGCCAGCAAGAAUCCCAGCUUCCCCAAACUCACGGUGGUGAAGCCAUUCAGAGAAAACACUGCAGGUGGAAGGAUCGAACCUUUAAGUGAAUCCUCUCUCAACGCGCCGCUUGGCUCCCAGGUCACGUGCUGGGAUGGAAACAAGCGGGAGCAGCUGAGCGACCUCCAGAGAGCGCAGGCUCAGCCCGCGCACCACUUACCCAGUGACAGUGCUCAGUUUCCCGGGAGAACUUGUGAAAGCGGCCCCAGGCUGCAGAACGGCAGAGGGCCUCUGCCAAACAGGACUAAAGGGCCGAGCUACGGCCAUAGCAACUCCGCCCUGCCGACGCAACAAGUCUCCGCUGGGAGACCCGUUACUAUGGUUACAGCCACAGCCUCGGUGACGGUGUCUGUGCAUCCAACCUUGCCAGGAGCGACAUACGAAGGCUACAUGCAUGAAGGUUUUGACAUGGACAGUGAGUCGGACUGUUUCGAGGUCACUAAAAGGACUUGUGGUGACAAAACAAACUUUUCAUGCAAGAGAGACUCUCUAGAGCUCCAGGACUUGGAAGCAGCACAGGGAAAAUCAGAGUAUCCACUCGGCAAGACACAAGGUGAAUGAAGUUUCACCAAAUUAUCAUGACGGACAGUGAGAGUUUUGCUUAUGCGCCUCUUUAUUCUGUCUACUUCUGAUGAUGAAGAUUCAAGUAUCCAAAAGUUGCUGGAAUCUCUCACACAGCGGGCGCUCUCACUUCCAGUGUCUGACACCUAGAGCAGCUCCAUGUCCACACGGUGUCACAUCAUGCCUUGAACUCUCAACUGUACAUAGACUCCACUCAAAAAAGAGAGGAUUCAUAUCAAGGACAUAAAAAAAAACAAAUCUUUGUUGUAAGAAUGAUAUAAAUAUAUGAGUAUAUAUUUUAAUACUAAAAAAGAGGGAAGCUAUUUAAAAGAGUACUGUAUAACUUGGGCAUACUUUUGUGUAAAAUUUCAGAUGUAUAAAAUUAUUCUGAUGUGGGUUGGUGAAUUUUCCCUCCCAUACUGUAUAGAAUAAGAAAUGUGCUAUAUGUUUUCAUGAAAAAAAAAGUCAGAUGUUUUUAAGGUAUUAGGCUAUUGAAAAUACAUGGUCAGUGUUUUAUUUCUAUUUGUAUUGUUGUGUUCUUAUUGCUGCUACCCUUCAAAAUAAUUUUAAACAUUUUGCCCUAAAAAGUGCAGUACCUCCUCCACCCCCUGAUUCAAAAGUGGCUUUCACAGUAUGGUGCUGUGAUUUACUCUGUUGCAUAUGUACACAUAUUCUGUUACAGUGUGCGCUGUUAAAAAGGCAGUCUUCCACAGGAGAGACCUUUUUUUUGACCUUAGUAACCGCCGUGCCUUCAGUGUGUCCCCCUCCUCUUGUUGCAGUGUCUAGAGCUCAGUAUUAUGUUCUCGUUUUGGUUUCAAAUAUGUAUUUGUCUCAAGACGCAGAAUGUUUGUCAAGAGGCAGUAGAUGACUGUAUUUUCUCAGUUGUCACUAUCUGUUUUGUGUUGUUUGUGAUCAGCCAGCCAUCAUGUUGGCAGCACCAUGCCUGAUUCAGAUUUACCUGCUUAUUCUGUGUCAAGGCAUCCCAUGCUCCACAGAUUUAAACUACUUGAAGGAGCUGUGAUGUGGUUUUUUUUUUACCCCCCCUUCAGCAGUUUUUGUAAGCUCUACAGUGGGUGAUGUUUGUUUUUGUCACUUUGUGUUCGACAAAGUGUUGUUCGCCUCCUGGUAUUGGUAUCUUAAAAAAAAAGGGAAUUAUAAGAUUCAAAGGGAUUUAUUUUACUUAAUUUUCUUUUUUUUUCCUUUAGUGGCUGCUGUCGGGUUGUAACAGUCUCAUGUUCUUGUGACUCUGUGCAAUUAUUACGUUACGUAAACUGGUUCGCUUCUUCUUCGCGCCUCAACCUGCUUUUGCUCACUUUCUAAUCUUUCACUCUGUUUGUUAAUUGCAACCCUACACGUGCCACAGAACACGUUCUCUCACUCGUAGGAUUCUCAUUCAGUAUUGGUCUCGUCACUGCCAGGUUCCUUUUGCAGGGAUAAACUUGCAAUUUUUUUAUUAUUAUUUUUUAAAUCUCAUCCAAUAAGUGGCAGCUUUUAUUGCUUUUUUUAUUUUAUUUUAUUUUUUUUCAUUUUGGCAGUUGUGAAUAAUUAAGCAAAACAAACAAAGCACCAUUUAUAGUGUGACAGAAGACAGCCAGGAGGUCAGAUGCUGAUGAGGAGUUUACGGGGGAGGGAGGGGGGUUGGGGAGUUUAGGGGUAAACUCCUGCAUUGGUUAUAGUUUAUUUCAAAAACCUGUUAAUGUCAUGCCAUAUAAAUUAUUUAUAUUGAAAAAUUUUAUUUUUGUAGUUUGUACAGAUGCUCGUAUCUAGACUGAAGUUCUAUUUUUAAAGAGUAAAUAUAUAUUAUAUAUAAAUAUAUCUAUUUGUUGCGGAGUUUGCUUUUGU